AGAAUUUUAAAAGUAGGUGAAGCAUGCUUUUGAUUAACUUGUGGUUGGACCGCGUUUUGACAUGAAUCCCACUUUCUUAAACCUGUGUUUUGAUAUUUUACCAAAUUAUUGUGGUGAUACUGCACCACACUUUCGACUACAAAAACAAUCACCCUCGUAGUCACGCCACUUUUGCCACGGAAAGAGGUUCUAGUAAUUAAUUCCGUGCAACUAAUACUCUGAAAAAGAUUCCGCUCCUUUUCCUCUUCUCCACUCAAUGCAGCAGCAGCAGAAGCACCACCGUCACAAGGGUCCUCCACGAAAGCCGUUGAUCGAGCUCCAACCGGGUCAGGUUGCAUUCCGAGUAGUCUGUCAUGUUUCGAAAAUCGGUGGUCUCAUCAGCCACUCCAGCUCCGUAAUAUCCCCAAUCUGGCUUGAAGCCGGUUGCCUUGUUCACUGCGAGGAGGCGGUGAAGGGAUCGGAGCACCGGGUGAUAGUGGUGGUGGGGUCCGCGUCCCUAGAGAAGAAAAUCGCGGUGGGUGAAGGUGAGACGGUGGAAGUGUCUGGAGCGCAGGAGGCGGUGGUUAGGGUUUUAGAGAGGAUGUGGAGGGUGGAUGGGAAGAAGGAUGGUGGUGAGUACGAGGGUUAUUGUGGACUUUUGGCCAAUACGUCGCAGAUUGGUGCCGUUGUGGGUAGAGAAGGCAGGAAUAUCAAGAGAAUGAAGAGAGCUAGUGGGGCCCAUAUCUGGAUUCUCCCGGCUCCACUAUGCGCUUUGAAGGAAGAUCAAUUAAUUCAGAUUACAGGCAGUAGCACUGUGGCUGUAAAGAAAGCAGUGAUUGCUGUAACUAGCUGCCUUCAAGAUUAUCCUCCAUGCGAGAAGGAUGAAGUGGGUUUAGGACUUGGAGCUGUUAGGAGAAGGAGAAGUGGUUCCUCUGGUGAUCCAAAUGCUGAAUUCUCUCCUCAUUCGUGUUCCCUGCUACCCACAUAUUCUGAAAAUAUUGAAACUGAUGGAGACCAUAAGAAACCUAAUGAACAAUCACAAGUUCAAUUUAGGAUGAUCUGCUCCCAUGGUGCAGCUGGGAUCAUCAUAGGCAAGGGAGGGUCUGUAGUCAGAGCUCUGCAAAAUCAAACUGGUGCUUCUAUCAUCUUUGCUCCUCCUAUAACCAACUCCGAUGACCGUCUAGUUACUGUUUCUGCAUUGGAGAACCUUGAAUCAUCCCACUCUCCUGCACAGAAUGCACUUCUUCUUGUCUUUGAUAGAUCUAUUGAGCAUGACAUUGAAAGAGCUCGUUCCUUGGGCUUGAUUGAGGAAAUUACCGUGACAGCGACCCUCCUGCUGCCAUCAAAUAGGGUCUCUUGUUUGAUUGGAAGAGGAGGUAGGGUAGAUUCAGAAAUGAUAGAAACAACUGGUGCUGAUAUACAGAUAAUGCAAGGGGACCAAUUCUUUGAUUUCGCUUCAAAGAAUGAUGCAGUAGUGCAGAUUACAGGUGAGGAGAAAAAUGUACAGAAUGCUCUGUUUCAAGUUACCUGUAAGCUGAGGGAGAAUCUUUUGCCUACCGAGAUGCUCAAUGGAUUGAGGGCAGGGAGCCCCUAUAGAAGAGCGGGGGAGAUCACCAUGUUGCAUCAAUCAGCUGGCGAAUCUCUCGAUUCCAAUCAGGAAACAAGCUUUGGAAAAAGAGUGGAUCAAGUACGUGAUGCUCCUUCCUCAUUGCUGCAGUUACCACAGAUUACAGGGAGUAGAUCUGUGGCCAUAAAGAAAGCAGUGAUUGAUGUAACUAGCUGCCUUCAAGAUUGUCCUCCAUACGAGAAGGAUGAGGUGGAUUUAAGCCUUGGAGCUGGUAGGAGAAGAAGUGGUUCCUCUGGUGAACCAAUGUGUUCCCUGCUACCCACAUAUUCUGAAAAUAUUGCAACUGAUGGAGACCAUAAGAAACCUAAGGAACAAUCACAAGUUCAAUUUAGGAUGAUCUGCUCCCAUGGUGCAGCUGGGAGCAUCAUAGGCACAGGAGGAUCCAUAGUCAGAGCUCUGCAAAAUCAAACUGGUGCUUCUAUCAGCUUUGCUCCUCCUAUAACCAACUCCGAUGACCGUCUAGUUACUGUUUCUGCAUUGGAGAACCUUGAAUCAUCGCACUCUCCUGCACAGAAUGCACUUCUUCUUGUCUUUGCUAGAUCUAUUGAGCAUGACAUUGAAAGAGCUCGUUCCUUGGGUUUGAUUGAGGAAAUUACCGUGACAGCAACCCUCCUGCUGCCAUCAAAUAGGGUCUCUUGUUUGAUUGGAAGAGUAGGUAGGGUAGAUUCAGAAAUGAUAGAAACAACUGGUGCUGACAUACAGAUAUUGCAAGGGGACCAAAUCUUUGAUUUCUCUUCAAAGAAUGAUGUAGUAGUGCAGAUUACAGGUGAGAAGAAAAAUGUACAGAAUGCUCUGUUUCAAGUUACCUGUAAGCUGAGGGAGAAUCUUUUGCCUACCGAGAUGCUCAAUGGAUUGAGGGCAGGGAGCCCCUAUAGAAGAGCGGGGGAGAUCACCAUGUUGCAUCAAUCAGCUGGCGAAUCUCUCGAUUCCAAUCAGGAAACAAGCUUUGAAAAAAGAGUGGAUCAAGUACGUGAUACUCCUUCCUCAUUGCUGCAGUUACCACAGAUUACAGGGAGUAGAUCUGUGGCCAUAAAGAAAGCAGUGAUUGAUGUAACUAGCUGCCUUCAAGAUUGUCCUCCAUACGAGAAGGAUGAGGUGGAUUUAAGCCUUGGAGCUGGUAGGAGAAGAAGUGGUUCCUCUGGUGAACCAAUGUGUUCCCUGCUACCCACAUAUUCUGAAAAUAUUGCAACUGAUGGAGACCAUAAGAAACCUAAGGAACAAUCACAAGUUCAAUUUAGGAUGAUCUGCUCCCAUGGUGCAGCUGGAAGAAUCAUAGGCACAGGAGGGUCUGUAGUCAGAGCUCUGCAAAAUCAAACCGGUGCUUCUAUCAUCUUUGCUCGUCCUAUAAAAAACUCCGAUGACCGUCUAGUUACUGUUUCUGCAUUGGAGAACCUUGAAUCAUCCCACUCUCCUGCACAGAAUGCACUUCUUCUUGUCUUUGCUAGAUCUAUUGAGCAUGACAUUGAAAGAGCUCGAUCCUUGGGCUUGAUUGAGGAAAUUACCGUGACAGCAACCGUCCUGCUGCCAUCAAAUAGGGUCUCUUGUUUGAUUGGAAGAGGAGGUAGGGUAGAUUCAGAAAUGAUAGAAACAACUGGUGCUGAUAUACAGAUAAUGCAAGGGGAUCAAUUCUUUGAUUUGGCUUCUAAGAAUGAUGCAGUAGUGCAGAUUACUGGUGAGCACAAAAAUGUACAGAAUGCUCUCUUUCAAGUUACCUGUAAACUGAGGGAUAAUCUUUUGCCCACCAAGAUGCUCAAUGGAUUGAGGGCGGGGAGCCCCUAUAGAAGAGCGGGGGAGAGCACUAUGUUGCAUCAAUCAGCUGGAUCAGUCAGCCGGCGAAUGUCUCGAUUCCAAUCAGGAAACAGGUUUGGAAGAAAGAGUGGAUCAAGUACGUGAUCCUCCUUUAACAAACUUGCAACAAGGGGAAGAUUUUCUCUUCCCUUGUUUGCAGUUUUAUAUGUAGUUCAGCCCAAAAUGUUUGCUGUCAUGUGGUCGCGGAAAUUGUAUAGUGGGCGGACAACAUACAGCACAGACAAUGAAAGCAGCUCAACCUCCUCUGGCAAGGUUUCAGAACUUGAAAGGGUACCGAGGGAGGUGCUUAAUCAGGCACGAGGGAGUUCUGGUGGGGGAGUGCUGGAUGGAGACCACUUGUCCUGAAUCUCCUGAUUAUGUUCCAGAAGAAAUUUUAACACACUAGGAAAUGAGAUUUUAGCUGAUUAACAUAGAUAUGGUUUGUGUCACACUCCUGCGUGCUUGUCAAUUUGAAAUAGUACGCUGUAAUAUUUACCUGUUAAUAUGGAAGCAUUCUUCUUAUA